AUGCUCAACGUGUUUGCCAAACUUCAGGACCUCUCGCAGGUUCUGGACUCUUUUGGAGGAGAAACAAGAGGAAUUGAAAGAGUUUUGGGCCAUGAGAGGUCAAAGACGGCUUCCCCAGUGGUAAUCUCGGUUUUGGGAUUAUGGUUGUCUGGGUGCGGCGGAUUGACUUCGAUGUCGUCUUAUUUCCUCGGUGCGCUGGUGUUUGGCCUUGGUUUAAAAGACUCUCUAAUUAGUGGAUUGGUAGCCACAAUUCUUGGAUGUCUUGUUGCUGCGUAUUGCUCGACCAUGGGACCUAGAAGUGGACUGAGGCAAUUGGUUACUGCGAGAUACAUCUUUGGUGGGACCUUCAUAAGAUUUGUGGUUGUGAUCUCCGUUCUUGGAUUUGUGGGCUGGUCAGUAACUAACUGUGUUCUUGGAGGCCAAAUUCUACUUGCUGUAUCUAAUGGAAAAGUCCCCCUCGAAGUUGGAAUAGUCAUCAUCAACGUUAUCUCGGUGGUGGUUUCCAUCUUUGGAAUCACUCAGGUUCUUAGAUUUGAACUGUUCAUAUCGGUGCCCGUAUUCAUAACCGUUAUUCUGUUAUACAUUAUGGGGGAUAAUCAGUAUCCAUAUUAUACCGACACUGUCUCUUAUGGUGAUGAAAUGACGAUUAGAGGAAACUGGCUGGGAUUUUUUGCUCUGGCCUAUUCAGUUACUGCGACAUGGGGAGGAUGUGCAUGCGAUUACUACAUCCAAUUUCCCGAGAAUUUCCCCCAAAUUUGGACAUUUGCCAUAACAUUUUUUGGAAUUUCGAUCCCAACAAUCAUCGGAGCCAUAAUUGGAAUGUAUCUGGGAAAUGCCACUUCAAGCUACCAACCAUGGUUAGACAGCUACGAUGCAAACUCACUAGGUGGACUGCUGGAUACUGUUUUUUCUCGGUGGGGUGGAGGUGGAAAGUUUUUGCUAAUGGUGUUUUGGCUUUCUCUCAUCACAAACAAUGUGAUCAACAAUUACUCUUCUGCACUGGAAGCCCAACUGCUGGGAAGUUGGGUAUUCAAGAGGUUUCCAAGAUGGUUUCUAGUAUGUGUUGCUGGUGGAGCCGUGCUGAUAUGUGCCAUGGUUGGCCGUAAUAAGUUCUCGACGAUUUUGUCAAACUUUCUGCCUAUGCUGGGAUAUUGGAUUUCGAUGUACUUCACACUAUUGCUGGAAGAGAACUUGAUCUUCAGAUCUACCCGCCUGAUCAACCUAUACACGGUUGAGUUCCCUAACGGGAUUUCGGAUGAUUACGCUGUUGAAUUUGCUGCAGACGCUGAAAAGACGUCCGAAGAGGCUUCCGAACUUGAGCCAGACUCGAAGAAACCGGUUUCGGUUUCUAAACCAUACUAUAACUUUGAGGUGUGGGACGACACUUCGAGCCUGACCCACGGAUAUGCCGCGGCUUUUGCAUUCUGUUGCGGAGUUGCUGGAGCCGUUGUCGGUAUGGCACAGGUCUACUAUAUUGGCCCUAUUUCGGCUAAAAUUGGUGAGUAUGGCGGAGAUCUGGGGAUGUGGCUUUCGAUGUCUUUUACCGGAAUUGCCUACCCCGCGUGUAGGUACCUGGAGUUGAAGAGAUUUGGGCGUUAA